CUAACUCCCAGCCUCGGUGUUGGGUCAGCCAAUACCGUCAUCGCCCCCUCAUUCUCCUUGAGCUCUAUAGCGACGACAAUCUCCUUUUUUCUCUCCUUAGCGCCCUCUGCGGUGAGGGCCUUUCAUGGAGCAUCAUAAUACUCGCCGUGCACACCGCAAACGGUACUCCCUCUCGAAGUUGUCUACAGACACAUAUCAAACCCUUCCGGAGUAUACAUCGCCGAGAUGGUCGAGGCAGCCGACAGAACAAAGCCUACCCGAAGACGAAUUUCCUUCUGAUAGACCCCCAGACUACUCGGAUAGCGCAGAAGAAGCAGACGCAGACACGGAGGACAGCGAAGCCCAGGACGUCUACAUUCCGCAGCCAUAUUCUCCGCCCACACAACCUUCACCGCGUCGUCCCACUGGCAGAAGACCCACCUCCUACCGUCGUAGGCACUCGUCGCAGUACUCGUUGCAAAACGCGUCACAGAGUGACCCAUUCCUUGACACACUCCUGGAACGUAGCGUUCACGCCCUCGAGAUGUCUAACGCUCUCCUCCGCUCGAGUAUAUCCACCCAGACCUCCCUCUCCACCCUCCUCUCUCCCGACACUGAGGCUGAGCGUGCGCUCGAAGUCCGUGCUCGCAACCUCUCGACGCGCAUCGGCGGUCGUAACGGCGGGAUGAGCACCGCUCACGACACCUGGAUGGACCGUCUUGACGAAAUUUCUCGCGACGUUGAAGGUCUCCUCCCACCUGUAGAUAAUACCCAGUCUCAAAAAGUGGAAGAGAGCCCUUCUAAUAGUAUCCGGGACGGGUUCGCCGGUGCGGAUCCCGCUGGCGUGCAGGCGAUCAGCCAGAGUUUGCCCACGUCAGAUGGGCCCGCCGGGCUGAGGCAUCGCAGAAAGCCCUCGCUUCUUGAUCUCGAUGCUGGCCAUCUGCAGCUCGCGCGUCAGCCUCGCAACGCGCUCAUUGCACCAGCCCCGCGUGCGCUCACCCAGUAUGUCGGGUCGACAGCAAAUCCAGAAAUAAUUAUUUUGCCGUCGACGUUAGGGCUGAGGGCGUCUGGGUCAUCACACUCUGCUGAUUGGAGGACAACAGAGUUCGCGGCAGAGGGUGCUGUGGGCAUGUCUUCGAUUACGACCUCAGCGCCACCGACAGCACCACCCACCGCUUCCUGGUCAACGGCUGAGUUCGGUGUGCGGAGACCAGAGCCGCGGGUGGGGGAGGCGGCUUCCCAACCUGAGGUCAGCGAUCAACAUGUGUCUUCAUUUCCGUCGCAUCAGGCGCACGACACGCCUACACCCGCCUAUAACCUUCUCUCAUCACUCGCAAAACGGUCCGAGUCAGCUACACCGCCGCCCACUCAUUCGACGGCCCGUGGGAUUGGGGGUUCAUUUACGUCUCUCACACGCAGGGGGUCUUCUAGUACGGGUUCAGGGAGCGUCGAGCGCAGGCCCUCUGCCUCUUCAUCAUCAUCGAUGGCGACCCCCAUUCUCCUCCCGUCCACGCCGACGCCGCGCAUUGUCUACAUAACGCCCCAGCGGCAGCGUCGGGGAUCGGCGAGCACGAGCAGCACCGAGCGCGGUGGCUCGCUGACGUCGACCUCUUCGAAGCUCUCCCGCUCUCCCGCAAGCUUCCGAUCCCUGAUCUCCUCGCCUGAUCGCUCGCGCUCUCGGUUCAGGCAGGGUGCGAGCGCUAGCUCGGGGUCGGACUCGCCGGCGCACUCGAUUACGCCUCGUCGCACGUCACCGAUGCGGCCGAUGACGCCACCCAUUGAGGAACUCAGCGCGUCCUCGGAGUCGUCGGACCAGCGCCCGACCGGCUUUCGGACCGUGCAGUCCCUCCGCAGGAUCCUGGACGACCACCCGUCGAGUGUGUCGGUGAACGCGAUGAGCAGGAUAGCCAACAUGCGGCCGCCGUCGUUCAUGCCCACGUCGCCCGCGCCGCAAGCGGUGACGGGCGAGUCGACAGCGACGGCGUCGAUAUCGCGGCUGUACACCAAGGGACGGCACUCGCUGUCCACGCGUGCGCCGUCCCCGCCCGCACGCUCGUCGCUCAAGAUGUCGACGAACACGACGCCGAUCCACACGCAGCCUGCGACGCCGAUGCCGUCGCCCUCGCCGUCGACCCUCGGGUUCGCGGACAGGUUCGGCUCGGGCGUCGCGCGCGUGCUGGGCGGCAGCCGCUCGGGCUCCAUCUCGGGCCGCUCGACGCCGCGGCGUAUCAGCUUCAUCGAGGUGCCGCCCGAAGAGGGCGGGCCGUCGGGGCGGAACUCGAUCCGCGAGCGGCGCGCGCGGAGGAGGAGCGGUAGCGGUAGCAGGCGCAAGGGGCGGACGAGGAAGGGCGGUGGCGGUGUGUCGGGGCUGCCUGAGCAGCUCGAGGACGACGAUCUGAGCGGGUGGAUCAAGGGCUGGUUUAAGGGCACUAUUCCGAGCAGCCAGGGUGUGGGCGGUUCGCGGUAUGAUGGGGUAGAUGAACGGGUGGGGCGCGGGUGGGGUGCGUCGAGGCCUGGGUUUGGGACGAUGGACGAUUGGGCGGUGUGAGGAGAAGGGCGAGGAAGAGGAUGGAUAUGAUGCCGGUACGGCCUGCUUUUAUCUCUUCUCUUCCUUCGGGGUGUUCUUCUUGUUUGGACGGAGGUGUCCAAAAUGAUACAUCGCAGUUCUAACGUUAUUCGCUCACGACUCGUUACGUGUUUAUAUCGCUCAUUGCUCAUCACUUGUUUAUUUUUGUCAGCCCAUAUCCUCUGCGUCACCGCGCGCUGACUAUUACGAUCGUUUAACGUGUUGUCUCUGAUCUCGCUAUUCUUUCUGAUCAUCACUUAUCUCGGACACUUUUUUCUUCCUCAUUUUCUCGUCAAAUUUUCUAUCACAAACCGCAGUGUAUUUGUGUUUCGAGCGACAUCAAUACCCCACUGUCAGUUUUAUUGUUUUUAUUGUGUAUGCGUUUCGGAAAUCAAUAGCUCUUAACUUCC